GGAUUACUGGUUACCCGGUACAACAGUACUCUAUUGGGAACAAUCGUAGCGUAAGGUGUUUUGGUUGAGCCGCAGCCAGCUGCAUUGAGAUAGAUCGCAUGAUCAGCUGAACGAUUAACGUUGGUUUCAGACUUCAGUCUAGCUUUGUUUUUUAAAACCCGGUGAUCCACGGAAUAUGGAUAGAAGGAUCGCUAGCUUCGUAGUGCUUAUUGCACUGAUCAGCGCCGCUUCCGUGCACGGACAGCAUGGAUGUCAGGAGGUCCGCGACUUGACCUUCACCGCCGCCACCGACACUGCGUCCAUAUCCAGCGAUAAUUUUGACGAAGCCGGAAAUUAUUUACCUUACACUUGGUGCCGAUGGGUUGUUACUGUGCCGUCCAACCGGCGAAUUCGUAUCAAUGUCAACGGAAUUUUUGACGUAGAAGAAGGAGAACAUGGACAGUGUAAUAUGGAUUUCGUCAAUGUCUACGAAUUUCCGCCGUUUUCUCCGGCAGUCAAUGCGACAACCCUCCUGAGCAGUCAUAACGUGGCUAAAGUUUGCCGGGACAUCGAAACCCUUACCCAUCCCGUUAUCGGCCCGGUUUGUGGAACUUACAGCAACUUCUCAUUUUCGUACACAUCCCGCACCAAUCGAAUUAUCGUGGAUUUUUGUACCGAUUACGGCACACAGGGACGCGGUUGGAAAGCCGAACUGGAGUUUUUCGAUUGGGCGCCUCCCAGCCCGUCGACCCAGUGCAAUCACACCGUCGAUUUGACGCAGUUGACGGAUACUUUCGAAAUCCGUUCACCGUCGUUUCCCGCCAAUUAUCCGCCCAAUCAGCACUGCACGUGGACUGUCCGAACCAAUCCGAAUUACCCGGUGCUGGUGGACGCUCGGUUAUUCGAUUUGGAUCGAUGGUGUUAUGAUUCGCUGACCAUCACCGAUAUCAGCAAUAAUGUCGUUCAGCGCUUCUGCAGCGACAACGAGCUGAUGAAGCUGCGAUUCGAAAACACGUCGCAGCUGGUCUUUACGUUCGUCGCUGAUGACGUACAGGAAGGCGCCGGUUUCGAUAUCGCCUUAUCGUUGGUGGCGUGUCGAGCCGGAUACCAGGCCUGUGAUAAUCCGGCGUUGGGCUGUGUAUCGGUGGAGCAGCAGUGUGACGGCAUCGUGCACUGUGCCGAUGGAUCCGAUGAGAAACACGAAUACUGCUAUCCCGACUGCGGGGUCGCGCAUUUCCCGAUGCACAGUGAAAGCGCCCGAAUUAUUGGAGGCAUCGAAGCGAAUCCGUAUUCCGUACCGUGGCAAGUGGCGAUGCUGCGCGCGGCAGGCAACAGUCAGUUUUGUGGUGGAACUAUCAUUUCUAACAGGUGGAUCUUAACCGCAGGGCACUGUUUUACUGGGGGACCCAGUUCGGCGCCGCAGUUCAGAGGCCGCGUCGGUGGGCAUGACGUGCUCUUGAGCGCAAACGACGAUCUCGGUACUGAUAUGGAAUUCGAGACGGUGCUAUGCCAUCCGUAUUACGGCACCAAUCCACGCACCACGGAUUUCGAUUACUGCAUGAUUAAAACCAAGCAACCAAUCAAAUUCCGCAAGAACGUCGUACCGGCAUGUUUACCCCGGCAAGGACAAGAGGUCGCGCCCGAUACCAUGUGCAUAGCAUCCGGUUGGGGGCGAAAUACCGGUGGGUGGGUUCCUAAUCCGGAAACAUUUGCGAACCUGGCACCGCAAACACGAAACGGUGGUAAACCACUGCGCCACGUGACCGUACCGGUGGUUAACCGAACCGUUUGUGGUGAGAUGCACGGUCCGAACAAGAUCAAUGAUCGCAUGAUCUGCUCGGGAUUCUUGGGAAUCGGCGGGAAGAACACCUGCCACGGAGACUCGGGCGGACCUUUUGUCUGCAAGAACCAAUACAACAAAUACAUGGUAGCCGGGAUUGUUAGCUGGGGACCACCGACUUGUGCGCACAUCGAUUUUCCCGCGGUCUACGCCAACACCGCUUACGCGAUGAAUUGGAUAUACGAAAUUAUGGCCAACAACUAGACUUGUAUUACGGACAGCACGCGAAACAACAAAAAAAUUUGAAGAUACGAUGGAUGCGGCGAUUUGAGGCACACAAAAAAAGAGUACAAGCACCAAUUUCUACGACAGUGACUGUCUCUAGAUAGAGACGCAGCGGGGUGGCGCAGUUUCAGCCAUGAGCACCGUGGAGAAAGCUGAGUUAUUUAACGAGCUUUUGUUUUUCUAAUUGCAUUUGAUACAUUUUUAUAUAAUGAUGGUUUGAAGUAAUAAAAAAUUCAAAGUACAUACAUGUACGUAUGAUCGCUAGGCUAGUGAAAAACUUGAAACAUUAGUACGAAAAAAGUAGGACAUGUAUCUGCUAACUUUCACUUUCUAACUGCUAACUUGCUAACCUUCUAACUGCUAACUUUCUUACUCCAGUUCCGUUUGGAACCAGUAUCCCGCAAUUUUACACAGUGACCGUUGUGUUUCGUUUUUCUUUUUGGUAAAGUACACGGCUCCUUCCGUAGGAUCCGGGCGGUCGUACGCCCUCUCCAGCCAGCUUUCAGUUUUCUUUUGAGAAUUCGCAUCGUGUAACUCGGCGGUAUCGUUUUUAAAACUCCCGAGCGACUCCAGAUGGCCACACACCGAGGCGAUGGAACCGCCACCCCAUUCGGCACGAUCCUGAUCCCCGCGGUUUUUUAUGACCCAUGCCACAGCCAGUUGCACGUCUUCCGGCUCUUUUCCAACUGUGGAGUUUAUCACUCGCAAGAGCGCGGUGUAAUCAUCCGAAAUUCGGCUCAACCUUGCUGCAGCAAAUAAAAGCAACUAGUACAGUACAUUUUGUCACAUCGUUCGGUUAUACUGUACACGUAUCACAUAAUUA